AUGGAAGAAUGUAAUCUUGUGAAUACACCAACAGAAUUUGGAGUAAAGUUAAACAAGGAUAAAGAAGGGAAGAAAGUUAAUAGUACACUCUACAAGCAGAUUGUUGGUAGUUUAAUAUAUUUAACUACUACAAGGCCUGAUAUUAUGUUGUUUGUGGGUCUGAUUAGUAGAUACAUGGAGAAUCCAACAGAGAAUCAUCUCUUUGCUACCAAGCGAAUUCUUCGUUAUUUGAAGGGAACUAGAGAUUUUGGAUUAUUCUAUAAGAAGGGUGCAAGAUCUAAUUUAAUCGGCUUUACCGACAGUGAUUUUGCAUGUGAUCAAGAUGAUAGGAAAAGUACUUCAGGUCAUGAAGAAGCAAUUGUAAUUUACUGUGAUAACAAUUUUGCUAUAAAACUCUCUCAAAAUCCAGUCUUACAUGGUCGAAGUAAACACAUAGAUGUCAAGUAUCAUUAUUUGUGUGAACUCACCAAUGAAAAG